AUGUUACAAAUUAAAUUUGUUGUUGAUUUUGGAUGGGAACAGAUCAAAGAUAUGCAAGCAAUGAAACGACAUUUAAAUGUUCGACUUCAUGAUGGAACAUUAAUUCAAUUUACUAUGGAAGAUGUAGAAAUGGCACGUUAUGUAGCAAUGGUAAUGAUGUGGCAAUUUCGUUAUGCGACAAAUAAAGCAAUCAUUGAAAAAAAUAGUCCAAUGAAUAUCAAUAAUUUGCAAGGAAGUAUUCGAACAUUCAAUUUAAUGAGAUCAUCAAAUGCUGAGCUUAAUACAACUCGUCUAAAUGGACCAGAUUAUGCAUCAUUAGUUUAUACAAUGAUGCCUGAACCAACGUAUUGCUCCUCUACCCAACGUUUACCGUCAACGAAAAGAUCGCAGCGUACGUCACUUUUACAGGCUACGUCAAUGUAUAAUUUAUCAACGUAUACUGAUUCCAAUGACACGCAAACGCAACCAGCAAAGCGUUCACCAUUAACUUCAUUAUUACAGUAUAAUAAAGCAAAAAAUGGUAUUGCUGAUAUAUUAUUAUCAAAUGAUCAAACAAACAUUGAAAUUGAAAAUGUUUCCCGAAAUGUACUAUCAAAAUCAACUGCAGCAUUAAAUUUUAUGAAUGAUGAAGAAUGUACUUCACCAUCAGAUGUUUUAUAUUGCUCAACACCCUUUCUGCUACAAAAUAAUGCAAAGGAUGCUUCAUCACCGGAAGAUAAUCACCGGAAUAUGAUUCCUUCUGUUGCUGAAGAUGAUGCUCAAAAAUUUGAAUUUCAUAGUUUUGCUGCUUUAGGAAAACGUCAUUUAACUGAUACGAUGACUGGUUCCUCACCGGAAAUCCGCAUGAUUGGCGGCGGAACGCAUACAUUAGGUCGAAGCGCUGCGGCAUUAGUGCAUAAGCAUUCAUUGCUUGCAAAUGGAUCACAAAAGACAUCUCCGGCUCAUGCACUUAGCAGUCCGGAUCUAUUGAGUACUUGUCAUUCAUCACCUGAUCUUAUCACUUCCGUAUUAGACCGAUAUCGAUUAGCUGUAGCUGAAGCAGAAUUACGAGCCGCUGCUGUUGUUUCACAAAAGUCAUCGAAAUUACAACACCUGAAUGGUACCAUUCAAACUGGCAGACAUUGGCAAACAGUAAAAGGUUGUAGAACUUAUAUAUUACCAUCAUCACAAUCAACAAUUGUUAAAUCACAGCAGAAUAUGAAUGACGAAUCACAAAGAAAGAAUGGUGACAAUAGUAAGAUAGCGACACAUACGACAAGAUUUAUGAUGAUGGAUGGUGGUACUAAGAAAGAUUUUAAUGAACAGAUAACAAAAGAUGUUUUGAGGAAAAAAUUAUGCAAGAAAUCAUCACCAAUGAUAACAACAACAUCAUCAUCAACAUCAUCAUCAUCACAAGCAACAUUUUUUCAUCAUCAUCAACAUCAAAAUCAUCAUAAUCAUCCAACAACAUCAAAAAUUAAAGGUCAAACUCAUCCAAUUUCAUAUUUAGCUCAAGCUGGACACAUCUAUUAUCCACCAUCAUCAUCAUUUAUGCAAAUUCAUGACAUUUAUCGACAGCAAAAUGGUAAAACAAAUAAUUUUGGUAGUCCAAAUGAGACAAAUUUAGGCGUAACACACGCUAACAAUGCUAUGAAAUUAUCACAAGCAUUUUUGACGCAUCAACGUUACGAGAUUAUUGAGGAAGAUCGAACGCCACAAACAUUCGUACGUCGAACUCAUGAAUUUCGCACACCCAUAACUGCUGCUGCUGCUGCUGCUGUUAAUGAUGAUGAUGGUACAAAAGCGCUUCCAAUUCAAAAUGCGCCUCUUAUCGUAUCAUCAUCACGAAGUAUUUCAUCUCCUGAUGUUUUCAACAAUCGUACCAAAAAUUCAAUCACCAAACAAUUAAGUGCUUCAUCGAUUGAUUCCACACAAUCUAUUGCUAUUCGAUCAGUUACUGCAUUAGAACAUUUCUCGAGCGGAAAUGAUUCCGAGAAUAUCUCAUCACAAAUUAUGCCAAAUGAAUCAUCGGAAUGUACAGUUUGCGAUAAAGCAACAAAUAUCUGUGAAGCGGAUUUUGUUCAAAAUGAAGAAUUGUUAGCUAAUCGUGAAGUUAGCUCGACUGAAUCGGUCAGAGAGAUGUCACAACGGUUUUCUUCACGACAUAUAAUGGUCAACAGUGCAUUGCAACAUCGUAUUACAAAUACUCAUGGACAUUUUACCAAUUUGAUUGGUGAUCAAUUAUCAAUCAAUGAUCAAUUAUCAAUCCCAACAAACGACCAAACACUGAAAAGACUUCUAACAAAAUUAGCAGCUGAUGAUGCUUUAGAUGAAGAAUUCGCAGUGAUUCCGAAUAAACGUAUGUCUGCCGGUGUAUCAACAAGUCAAAGACCGGAAAAUAUGAAACGGAACCGUACACGAUCGAUAGUGCCAUACGAAGAUACACGAAUUAUGUUACAUUCAAAACAAUCGAAUCCAACAGGCUACAUUAAUGCCUCAAACAUUCAGAUUCCAAUUGGCAAUCGAAUUUUGAAAUAUAUAUUGGCGCAGGCUCCACUUCCGGAUACCAUUGAAGAUUUCUGGCAAAUGAUUUGGGAAUCCGGUUCACAGCUCAUUGUCAUGCUUUGCAGUGCUCAAGAUUGUAAAGGUACCACAACACCCAUUUAUUGGCCAACAAAAGUAAUGAGCAAACUAAGAUUAUCAGAUCACUCAGUGACGCUACUUUCGAGUACGUCAAGCAAACAUCAGGUGACAAUGAUGUUUCAAUUGAAACAAAAUUCGAAUGGAGAACGACGAACCAUUUAUCAUCUCAGAUUGAUGGAUUGGGAAAGUGGUGGAAUACCACCGAGUGAGGAAUCUUUCUUAGGAUUUAUGGAUGCUGUCAAUAGUGUUCGACGACAUUUGGAAAAUGAAAAGUUAAAGGAAGUGGAUUUUGGAGCAAUAUCAGGAUCUAAAAAUAAUCGAAACAAUUGUCAUAUAAAUUUAACGCAUUCAACAAAUCGAAAUACAACACAAUCGACUGAUCUCGGUUAUUAUAACUGGUGUAAAAAAGGAUUGCAUGUUGUUAAUUAUGCAUUGCAUCAUUCACCUUCCAGCUAUUCGAAUGCUCUAUCAUCGGCAUUUUCAUCUAGCAGAAGAAAUGACGUAAUGGUAGAUGCAGUUGUACCACCAACCGUAAUACAUUGCCUGACAGGUGCUCAUGAAUCUGGUGUUUAUUUGCUUGUGGAAUUGAUGAUUCACUGUAUUGAGCAUAACAUGUAUGUGGAUAUUAGCAAAACAUUGGCAUUGUUACGACAGCAGAGAAUGUGUCUCGUAAAAAAUGUGGAACAAUAUCGCUUUGUAUAUUCUGCACUGAUCAUUUAUUUGCAAAAGUCACGGCUCAUUUAA